CGGAGCGGUCGCACACAGAACGGUAGUCGGAUAGUCGGACGGUUGGCAGAUUCCGAUUUUUGCGCUCGGCCUCCCCUCCGCUCUCUCACUCACUCUCUCUCGUUCGCGCGCUCUCUCUUCUGCUGUGGCUCUCUGUGUACUGUUAGCAAGGAGGCGACCGAAAAAUAAGGAGCUUGCCGAAACCGUUAGCAAAGCGCCGUUAGCAUGAAGGAUGUGAAAGUGGCGCGCGCAAUCAGCGAAUCCUCGACUACGUCAGAUAACACCUCCGAUUUCAUCGAGAUCGUGAAGAAGUACGAUGUGGUGUACAACAACCACAAUCCGGAUUACAAGAACGUUGAAGUGAAGCUGAAGGUGUGGACGCAAAUCGCCGAUGAGAUAGGUCUUUCAGUGGAGGCCUCAAAACGGAAAUGGAAAAAUCUAAGGGACAGUUAUACAAAGUAUCUUCGCUCGUUUCGCGUGGGCACAAAGACGUCGAAGAAGUACCAGUACUGGGCCCAUGCGGACCACAUGGAUUUCCUAAAGCCCUUCCAGGGACCGGGCAGCCGAACUGGUCCUCUGACAUCUUUUAGGAAUUCCGCAAAUGGGAAUGGGAAAUCCAACGAUGAGGACGACACAGAGUGUGAUUUUGGCUACCAAGUUUUGGCCAAGGCAGCCAGCAAUGGAGGCGAGGAUGAACUGAAGAUAACCAUUGCCACGGCAUCAGCGGGCUGCUCAUCCAUUGGGACGCACACGGUUAAUACCUACACGACAGCUUUGAGCAGUACUUCGGCGUCCGGCAUAACAUCAAGUUUGGGCGCGGCCACGCCCCCCAAUAUGAUCUCUCCAGGCAGCAAUUUGGGCGGCACAGGAGGAGGAGGUUCCGGGUCCGCGGGACCACAAAUCCACAACAGCAAUAGCAAUGGCAGUGCCACGGGGAGUCUAAACUGUGCUGCAGUGGCACCGCUCAGUUCGAUGACUCCACCUGCCACCAGUGGCAGUAAUUCCGCCGUAGUCCUGCCCCUGCCCAUCUCACCCGCAUCCUCAGCCGCUGCCGCAGCUGCAGCCGUCAGCAAGGCCAAUGCAAAUGCACUGGCCUCUCUGGCUAACCAUCUGCCCAUGGGCUUGGGUGUGAGCGGAUUGGCCCAGCAGAUGUUUCCGCUUGCCACGCUCAAGGCUGCGGCAGUGGCUGCUGGUCUACCUCUGCCACCUACGAUCACGCCGCCUGGUUGCAGCACCGGAAGCGCAACCAACAGCAAUGUCGGUUGUCUGAUCAUCGAGCCGCAUCUCUUUGCGGCAGCGGACAACUUCAAGAAGGAACUGACAGCGGCUGCGGCUGCUGGAGCACCACUGGGAUUGUUCCAGAACCUGGCCAACCAAGUGCAGAACGCCAAUCGCUUAAACGGCAGCUGUCCGAGCUUACCCAUGGGCAAUCCCACGCCUCCACCACCGCCGCCAGCGCCCCCAGCCUCCAAAGUGCGAAGGGUACAACCUUCGCCGCAAACCACGGCCAUUAAUCUAAGUUGCUCGGGAGGAAGUUCCGGACAAGCGCAGCCACAGCAGUCACUGCAAAUUCCACAAAUUCAACAGCAACAGCAGCCGUCGCCCGCCAAAACGCGUAAGAUUUGCGAUCCGCGUUUUCCCAGCGAUUGGGACGUGUCUGCCGUGCUUCAGGCCAACAGGGAACUUGACGCAAACACUCUGUUCUUCUUGAGUCUGGCGCGUCAGGUGCGAGCCAUGCCAAUGAAGUUUCAGUCGCUGGCCAAGAUGCGUUGCAUGCGAAUCGUUAGUGAUUUGGAGCUAGAGCUGGAGAAUUUUGAUUGCAACGGCGGAGCGCCACCGCCGGAUGAUUCAGGCGGAGGAGGAGCUGGUAAUCUAAAGUACUGCAGCAUAGAUACUCCACCACCGCCGCCGCAGGACGGCUCCGUGGUCAUAGCCCCGCCGCCAGUCGGCCCCGAGGGCUCCACGGAGCACUUUGUGUAUGUGAUGUCGCCGUCGCGUGUGGAGAGCAUGAUCGACAUCUCCUCCGACGAGGAGGCGACCAUGAACGGAGCGCCCUCCACGGGGCAGGUUUAAGCGUA